AUGACUUCAUCCAAAGAUUUUGAUGUUGAAUCUGUAUUAUCACAAUUAACUUUAGACGAAAAAAUUUCAUUAAUUGCUGGUAUUGAUUUUUGGCAUACUGCUGCCGUACCAAGAUUAGAUAUUCCAAGUUUAAGAUUUAGUGAUGGUCCAAAUGGAUUAAGAGGUACUCGUUUUUUCAAUUCUGUUCCUGCUGCUUGUCUUCCUUGUGGUACAGGUUUAGCUGCUACUUGGGAUAAAGAUAUUUUAUAUCAAGCUGGUGAAUUAAUGGCUACUGAAGCUUAUUCAAAAGGUGUACAUGUUAUAUUAGGUCCAACUAUGAAUAUUCAACGUGGCCCAUUAGGAGGUAGAGGUUUUGAAUCAUUUUCUGAAGAUUCUUAUUUAGCUGGUAAAGCUGCUGCUUCAAUUAUAAAAGGUAUUGAAAGUAAAGGAAUUGCAUCAACUCCUAAGCAUUUUGUUUGUAAUGAUUUAGAACAUGAAAGAGAAUCAAGUAAUACUGUAGUUACUCCACGUGCUUUGAAUGAAAUUUAUUUAGAACCAUUUAGAAUUGCAAUGGAAGAAGGUAAACCAACUUGUUUAAUGACUGCUUAUAAUAAAGUCAAUGGUGUUCAUGUAUCACAAGAUGGAACAUUAUUGAACGAUAAAGUUAGAGAUGAAUGGGGUUGGAAUGGUUGUAUUAUGUCUGAUUGGUAUGGUACAUAUACUUCAAAAGAAGCAAUUGAAGGUGGAUUAGAUAUUGAAAUGCCUGGUCCAACUGCAUUUAGAAAUUAUAGAGAAAUUGGUCAUAUGAUUAGAACCAGAGAAUUACAUAUCAAUGAUUUAAAUGAUCGUGUUAGAAAUGUAUUAAAUUUAGUUAAACAUGCAAAGAAAACAGGUAUACCUGAAAAUGGAGAAGAAAGUACAAAAAAUAAUACAAAAGAAACUUCCGAAUUUCUUAGAAAAUUAGCUUCAGAUACUGUUGUCUUAUUAAAAAAUAAAAAUGAAUUAUUACCACUUAAAAAAAGUGAAAAAAUUGCAGUUAUUGGUCCAAAUGCUAAAGUUGCAUCUUAUUGUGGUGGUGGUUCAGCUGCUUUAAAUGCUUAUUAUACUACAACUCCAUUCGAUUCAAUUUCAAAAAAAUUAGAUUAUAGACCAGAUUAUUCAGUCGGUUGUUAUUCUCAUAAAUAUUUACCAGGAGCAGGAGAACAAGUUAAAAAUGGUGACUCUACUGGAUUCGAUAUGAAAUUUUAUUUAGAACCACCAACAGAAUCAAAAAGAACUUUAAUUGAUCAAUAUUCAAUUUCAUUAUCUUCACAUCAUUUAGUUGAUUAUUAUAAUGAUAAAUUACCAAAGGAUAGAUUAUUUUACAUUGAUUUUGAAGCUUAUUUCACACCCGAAGAAUCUGGAGAAUAUGAAUUUGGUUUGGCUGUAGUUGGAACUGCUCAAUUAUUUGUCAAUGAUAAAUUGGUAGUUGACAAUAAGUCUAAACAAACUAAAGGUACAAGUUUUUUCAAUUGUGGUACUAUUGAAGAAAGAGGAACAAUAGAUUUGAAACAAGGAAAAAAGUAUAAAGUUCGAGUUGAAUUUGGUUCCGCUCCAACUUAUACAUUAUAUGAAAAAGGUGGUGAAUAUUUUGGUGGUGGUAUUAGAAUUGGUUUAGCUAAAGUGAUAAAUGAAGAAGAAGAAAUUAAAAAAUCUGUUGAAUUAGCAAAAUCUAAUGAUAAAGUUAUUUUAUGUAUUGGUCUUAAUGGUGAUUUUGAAAGUGAAAGUUUCGAUAGAUCACAUAUGAAAUUAGAAGGAUUACAAGAUAAAUUAGUUGAAGAAGUUUUGAAAGCUAAUCCAAAUACAAUUAUAGUUAAUCAAUCAGGUACUCCAGUAGAAUUUCCAUGGUUAAAUGAAGCUAAUGGUUUGAUUCAUGCAUGGUAUGGUGGAAAUGAAGGUGGUAAUGCAAUUGCUGAUGUUAUAUUUGGUGAUGCUAAUCCAAAUGGUAAAUUAUCAUUAACUUUCCCAAAGAAAUUACAAGAUACACCUACAUAUUUGAACUUUAGAACCGAAAAGGGAAGAGUUUUAUAUGGUGAAGAUAUAUUUGUUGGUUAUAAAUAUUAUGAGAAAAUGGAAAGAGAUGUUGCAUUCCCAUUUGGUUUUGGUUUAUCUUACACAAAAUUUGAAAUUAAAAAUUUAAAAGUUACAAGUUCGGAAUCAGAAUUGUCAGUAUCUGUUAAUGUAGAGAAUGUUGGUAAAGUAGAUGGUGCUGAAGUUGUUCAAGUUUAUAUAUCAAAUGAUAAUGGAGAUGAAAAUGUAAUUAGACCAAUUAAAGAAUUAAAAGGAUUUGAAAAAGUUUACUUAAAAAGUGGUGAAAAGAAAACUAUUGAUUUGAAAUUAAGAGUUAAAGAUUCAGUUGCAUUUUUCGAUGAAUAUGAAAAUAAAUGGUCUGUUGAAGCUGGUGAAUACCAUGUUUUAGUUGGUGAUUCUUCAGAUAAUAUCACAUUAAAAGAAUCAUUUAAUGUUGAGAAAAGUUAUUUAUGGUAA